AUGACGCUCGUUGAAAAUGAAUGGCGAAAUGAUCGUACAAUGAAGCGCUCUCGAGAUUCAUUCUGGGAUAGCGAUCGUUGGUACCGUGACUGGGAUGACUGGCCAUUGGACUGGCCUCGACCUGGUGAAGUUGUGCGACGUUGGAGAUCCGAUUUUGAUCGGGAUGGCUUCUGGGAUUGGCCAUCAGAUUGGCCUCGAAUGGAUGCUAUAAUGCCAAGGUUUUCCUCACGUCUCGAUCAUUUGGAUCGAAAUUGGCGUUCCGAUCCAUUUUGGCGUGAUUUGUACCCACGCUGGGCAGAACCAAUUUUCAAAGAAGGUAUUGAUAUUCGUACCAAUAUCAUUAAUGAUGCGUCACGUUUUGUCGUAGAAAUUGACGCAUAUCAAUUUCGACCGGAAGAGAUACAGGUGAAAACAAUAGAUGAUACGUUGUUGAUCGAAGGUCGACAUGAGGACGUUCGUGAUCGUGAUAAUUUCACAAAGAUGUACUUCGUGCGCAAGUAUCAGCUACCGUUAGACGUAAAUCCCAUGGAUAUUUCAAGCACCAUUGAUAGUACAGGUCGUCUAUUUGUUGAAGCAAAAAAGCAGCCAUCAAUUCAAGGACGUGGACGUAUAAUUCCAGUAGAAGGAUCGUCACGGCGUAGUGAAGUCCGCAUGCCACGAAAUGAUACUACCCGAAGCCAUGAAGAUUCCGAUUCAUACGGAUCGCGUGUGCAGCAGCAGUCAAUACCUAGUCAUCGUUCACACAGUUCCUAUUCUUACCAGCAUAGUCGGACAACUACCGGUGGCUCACCAAGCGGUACCUAUCGCGAACAUAGCAUUCCAAUCACUGAAACUGGAAUGAAUUCGCGAGCUGCCGAAAAAAAAGCAUCUGAACAAUUUCAUUCUCACGAAAGACGUGAACGUGAAGAGUAUCGCUCAGAAUCCAAAAAUGACUAUCGCAGUCAAUCAUCUAGACAAGAUAGCGGUUUCCAGGACAGUGGUUCUUUAUCCGUCAAACAGGAUGGUCCACGAAAUAGUGAUACGAAUUCCAAUAAUGUUCGUAAUGUUCCGAUUCUUCGAAAAACAUUUAAAUAA